UAGAAAAGAAAAUCAUUGUUUGUAAUCUGUAUUUUUUUUUUCUUUUUAAGUUUCAAAACGCAAAAAUUAGGAAAGAAAAAUCUCCCUAAUCAGAAUUCCCAAUCUGGAACACAACGUCACAAUCCCAGUUCCAAGUUUUAUCUGCUCACUGUCACUAUCAUCUCACCACCGGUGCCGGAAUCUCACGCUAUCCGAAAAUUAAGUGAAUUGCUUACACAUUUAAGUACUGAUGGUAUUUCUUUGCUGGAGUCGUCCAUCUCAUGAAGAGCAGAAAGCAUGUAUCAACAAGUCUGGUUCCUUUAACUAUGAUAAUAAAUUCAGAGGAGCUACAGAAAAACCUGCUAUUCAACUUAAGCAAGACAAGGAGCUUGCAAAAGAUGGUUUCUCUGUUAAUUAUGCACGUGUUUUAGUGGGUUCAGGCGUCGAGACUUUUGAGAAGGGAAAGACUGCUCUUCAAAGUUGGAGGCACUUUGGGUUGAAUUGGGCUUUUGUUGAUCCAAAAGCUCCAAUUCAAAGUGGGACAAAGUUCUGUGUUUGUGUGAAGGAGUUGUUCCCGUGGCUUAUGAUGCCUUUACAGGUGGUUUAUGUCAAUGAGAAUAAGAACUUGAAAAAGGGGGUGGCCUCAUUUAGUUUUGGCAGUGGAACUCUGCAAGGACAUUUACUGGCUGGUGAAGAACGUUUUUCCAUAGCAUUGGACGAGAACAACCAAGUUUGGUAUGAAAUACUUUCCUUCUCAAAGCCUGCACAUUUGCUGUCACUUUUUGGAUACCCAUAUGUACUACUCAGGCAAAAGUACUUUGCUCAUCAUUCGGGUAGUGCAGUGAGGAAACAUCUAUCAGCUUAAAAUAUGUAUAGUGCACUGAGGAAACAUAGCUUAAAAUAUGUGGGACUAUAGCUGCCAGUUCCCAUUAUAGAUAGAAAGCUCUAGUUGUAAAAGAUUCCCUUCCAUAAUUGUAUUGGUUUUUGAUCUCAUGUUUUUUGCAUGAUAUGCCACCUUGUUGCCGAUACUCAUUAGCUGGAUAAUGAUUUUGACAAAAUUAAGGGAAUGCGUAGAAGAAAAUCUACGCAUAAGGACCUUGUAAUGAGUACCGUUUCAGGAUAAGGUCAUUCGAUUCCGUGUA